CGUACGUUUGUAACACCGAGGCGAGUCAAAACAAGAAGUCUACUGCACUGACUGUUGUUUGAUGGCUUACAUUCAUGUUUAAGAAUCAACAGAUUAAUUUAAGGAAAAGGAGAUGAGUUACAAUGAAUGACACACUAGCUACCAUCAACGUUGAGCAGCUAAGUAGUGCAGUCAACGCAGUCGUCCAGUCCACUGCGAUAGGACAGGUACCCCUGGACCCCUCCCCACCCCCUGCUGCUGGUGUACCCCGAUCCCAUCAGGAAGGGGGCAGCUUGACCCUUCCUCAUGGUGGUACGACUCAGAUGGUGCAGCCAUGCACCACCCAUUGCGGUAGACCGACAGGGCUGAGAACAGCGGUUCCAGUACCGACAGAGAUGAGCAUUCCGGUGACUGCCGUACCCUCUCCUCCGGUCACUGGCUCACUACCAACCACUCACCAACCUGCCACCCUGCCAAUUCUUCAUACCCAGACUGUACCCCCUUCUGGACCGGUUGUUCUUGUACCUAAUGCAGGGGUUCAGGCAGGGCAGAGAAUGGCCUUACUUCAGCAUAGCACACUGAACAUCCAGCCACAGGUACCGGCUAAGAAGCUCUACACGCUGAAACAGAUAGGUUCUAACUGGGUUCUUGUUCCAACACAAUCACAACCAGCACCAGUUCCUGCAUUCAUCAACAAUGCUGGUCUAUUGAAGCCAGUCACAGGCAAUCCUGAGACUGUUGUCUACCAAUCAUCCACUGGUAUUAUACAAGGCACUCACAUCAAUGCUACUCAACCAGUAUCUUCACAAAGGUCCAAUUCAUCAUCUUUGACUAGACAGCAGCCACCUCAUGUAAAUAUGAACAUCGCCAUCCACCUACCAAACAAUGGACUGGCCCACCCUGCAUCUGGGGUCACUCAGGUCAAUAGGUGUGGCCAGCAGCCAGCCCAUCCACCAAUCAGGACACAGACGUCACAGGACUCCGCCCAUCUCCUCUCCCAAAUUUGCAAUCUCAUCACCUCGACUGCAUCCCCAGCAUCGGUCGUUCAGCCAGCGCAGACCAAUCCACCCCAGCAGAUCAUGAUUGUUCCAAACCAACUUGGUUCAUCUCAGCUCCAAAGCCAACCUUUCACCCCUCAGGUGACCUCAUUAUCUUCCCAGUUCAACGUACUGCCCUCGGGUGGUCAAAGUGGUCAAUCUGAAGCAAUGCCAUUGGCCUCGAGCACAAGCAUUUCAGUACCUUCUGUCCUAACAAACAGUAUUUCAAACAUCAACUUGUUCUCCCCUCCCCUCAACUUUGGGUCACAGACCCAGCUGCUGUCACCUUUGACCUCACAGAAAGGUUUCCAUGACAAUAACAGCUUCUCAGGUUUUACCAACUCUAUGGAUUUACAACCAGCUUUGUUGAACCAAGGCCCUGAUGUUUUCAACUUACAACCCCAGCAGGUUUCUCCGGGGUUGGUGAAACUCUCAUCCCUACCGUCCUUGAUCACGCCUCCACAGGAGAGGUCAAGGGUCAUGACCUGUGGGGUCGGGGUCAAAUCAAGCGGUGGGAUAGUGCAGCAUAACAUCAAUCAUGAGGUUAAAAAACAGCAGGAAUCAUGGUGUAGUUCCUGUAAAUCUAUUGUGAAAUGCUGCCCUCAUCAGAAACCCAGUGUGAUGGUUCUAGACAAAGUAGUUGAAACCAGAGCAAGGCAGUCUUUACCAGAUCUGUUGAUGUUUAAACCCUCCUCUGUUAUUCCAGGCGAGACAGGAGUUUUUGCCAAGCAUGAGAUUCAGAUGAACACCCGUUUUGGUCCUGUCGUUGGGAAACUUGCUGACAUCAAUUCGUCCACAGACCUAGAUGCUAUCGGACAAAAAGCAUGGAGGAUUUUCUCUGAUGGAAAGCUGUGCCAGCUCCUGUUUACCAACGAUGAGAGUUGUUCCAAUUGGAUGAUGUUCAUUAAGAUUGCCAAAAAACAUAACCUGAUGGCUUUUCAGAGUGGAGCCCACAUCUAUUUUACUUCGUUUCAAAACAUUCUACCGGGUGAGGAGCUCAUAGUCUGGUAUUCCAAGGAGUAUGGCCGACUCAGAGGGAUCAAAGAUCGCAAGGGCACUCUGGAUUGUCAGAAAUGUGACCGUAGUUUCCUGGAUAAGACUCAGCUGCGACACCACCUAAAGGAGGCCCACCCCUCUCUGCGAUGCCCAGAUAAGAUGCACAAGUGUAACGUGUGUUCCCACGUGUUCUCCUCUUCGUCCAAGCUGCGUAACCACCUGCUAACCCACCUAGGGGUGAAGCCUCAUCGUUGUAAGAUCUGCCAUAAGGGUUUCACAGACCGCAGCAACCUCAGGGCUCACUCACUUAUACACACAGGAGUGAAACAAUUCACCUGCCAAGCCUGCAACAAGUCUUUCCGGCAGAAGAUCCAUCUGGUAUCCCAUCAGGUCACCCAUACAGGCAAAAGGGACCUUCAAUGCUUCGUCUGUGAGAAGAUGUUUGCCAGACACAGCGACCUCAGCUAUCACAUGAAACAACACAGAGAAGUCAAGAAAGUAAGCUGUCCUGUCUGUGAUAGAAGAUUUUACAAGGACUCCCAGCUGAUGAGGCAUAUGAAGAUUCAUAGCGGACAGAGGGAUCACCAGUGCCAUCUCUGCGGCAAAGGCUUCAUCACCAAGUACCACCUUAGCAGGCACCUGAAGUCAUGUGAGCGGUAUGAGCGCUUCAGACGGAAGCCGUGGCCCGGAAGCAACAGCUUGGACAGCAUGACUGGAGUGGUUAGCAGUACAAGUGAUGAAAGACAUCUUGUGAGACCCAUGGCACCUGAAGAGGCUGUUGAACAGCAAGAGUACAUUCCUGCUAGGAGAAGACAUCAAAUGGAGGAGGUUCAGGAAGCGACAUCUUCUAGGGUUUUGAGAAGCUCUCGUGGAAGACCUAUCAGACCAAAGCCUGUUCCGACAUAUAUGGCUGAGUUGGUAAGUCCACCUUCGAGAGGACAGGGCAGCGCAAAGAGAAAGAAGAGAGUGCCAAGGAAAGUCAGCCGGCUGCCUGAUGCUGAUGCUGAUUCUGGUUCUAUGGCAACCCACACUGUUUCUGUGACGUUGUAUGAAGUGCAAAGUGAUAGUUCUCAAGCGAUUGGGCAAGCUAUAGGCCAACAGACAUCUAGUCUGCGACGGUUGGUGCAUGACACCAUUUCAGAAGAGACCAAGGAGACAAUACCUUCUGAUCAUUCUGCAUCCAUUACUGUGUAUGGUGUCCGAGGUGAGGAGACAGAAGGAAGUACUGAUCCAAGCACUGAUCAGCAGCAGCCAUGCAGUACCCUGUCUCAGCUUGCCAUUUCCGUUCCUCAGGAGUCACCUAUAGUUCUUGACUGUGACAACUUUGUCUCGUCCUCAUCGGUCACACGAUCCCACCUGGAGUCAUCCUAUCCCUACACCUCGAGUGAUACUCCAGGAGAUGAUGAGAUCCAUGAUGGCUCCCUGACAACACCGCUCUUUGACCUUGGUGAGAGUCCAUCAAUGUCUUCUGCUGUCCAGUCUAUGCCGGCGUACAACUCUCAAUCCUUCUCACUUGAGGAGGAGGAUGACAGCCAUUCGGACGCGUUUGCUGGCUCUCAAGAACACUGCAGUUCUGCUCGCUCUUUGUUCAUGACAGAUGCUGCCAUUUCAGACUCUGUGGCAAGGAGCUCCUCGCAGAGCCUGGACCACCAGACACAUGUGGACUCUCUAGCUGAAGACAACCAUGCAGAUGCCUUCUCGGGAGGGUCUCGGGAGCACUGUCCUUCUUCCCAAUCUCUAUUCAUGACUGAUUCUACGAUGCCCGACUCUGUCGCCAGCACAUCAUCCCAGAGCCUGGGUCAUCAGGCUCAUGGAAGCUCCCUGGCAGAAGAUUCCCUCUUCUCCAUGGACCCCUCUGAUGAGGCUGGGACAUCACUACCCCAACAUGCUGGAGACAGUAUGAAUGACAUCGGUGUAGACUUGAGAGCCAUUGAACGGGUGCUAGACUCAGAUGAUGAAGAACAAUGCACUGACGAAAGAAGGGGAGAUUCCCCAUCAGAAAACAUUGAGGAAUGAACAUUAUUAUUAUUUGUUUAGUAUUAUACAGGUUUGUUUCUUAGACAGAUUCCUUGAAAAGAUGAGAGCUCAAGCUUUGUGGUAAGCUACAGUAUAUGACCAUGUGAUAUGAUGCAAUUACCUGAAUUGCAGAUUUACAAACAAUACUGUUUUUUUGUUGGGGGGGGGGGGUGGCAUGUGGGGUUGCAUUAACACUUGAUGUUUUAUAUAAAUGUUCCAGUGCAAUUAGACCAACACAGACAAAUUAAUGGUCUCUCCCUGAAAAUUCUGAAGUUCCCAGAUAUAAAAGCCAAACUGUCAAUUCUUGCCAUUGAUUAUUAUCCAAGACCAUAAUGCUUAUGUUCAUAAUUCAUAUCAUAUUCAAAUCUAUUCAUUGAUAAGUAUGUACAAAUCUUAUUCUGUAAUACACUCGGCAAAAGACUAAAGUGGACACUGUAGUGAAUGAUUUAAAUAAUUAUUUGAUAUAAACUUAUCUUUCAUAUAUUUGUAAAUGGUCCAAAAAGCUAUAGUUAGGAUUUGUGGGAUGUGGUAGAGUCUGGACACUUUUCCAAGGUGCAACAUUUGGGGUCCUUCUGGUUGGCCUUACUGUUUUGUUUCUGACCUUUUGAUGUGCACCACUGACUUGGAGGCUGUUCUUCACUCCUGGGGGGUGUUUCACAAAACUUUUUUUCAUUGACAAGUGACAAAAUUCAGUGACAAAUCUAAUGAUAACCAAUCAGAAGCAAGGAUUUCAGUAGCUUAUAACAAAAACUGUCAUUUGUCACUGAUGACAAGUUUUUGUGACACCUCCUUGGUAGCCUGAGCAGAGCCUUUCUUCUUCUGGGCACCACGUUUGACCCUUGACCUUGGUAACUGUAUCUCCACAUCCAGGGGGUGUUUCACAAAGAUCCUAAGUCGAACUUAACUCUAGUUGGACUUAAAAUUUAUGGAGAGCCAUUUGUAUAGCCUUAAAAUAUAAUAUAUUAAAUGCAAAAGUUUAAGUAUUUAGACUUUCCAUAAAUUCCACAUCAAGAACCUGAAAUCUCGCUUGAUAAUAGAAAAUAUGAAUGAUUUGAAUCAACAUUUUAUGCCUUUUAAAAUAACUUUGAGAAACUGUCUGCUUGUUCUUGAGCUGCUCUCUUUAGCGCAAAAUUAGCACAUGAUGGAGAUGAUACUGCUCCGAAUACAUGUACUCUCAUUCUAUGGUCAGUCAAGGGCUGCUCAAUGUCUCCUUUCUCCCACCAAAGAAAGCGAAGGAGAUCUCUGUCGUCUUUGGGUA